AGAACUUCAGUAAACGUACUCGUCGCAACAAAGCAUUAGACCUUUUAUUACAUUUGCGAAGAUUGAUUAAUGGUAUUUUACAGUCGAAUGAGUUUUCAAAAUAUGCAAUUUGCGAUAACAAUGAUCAUUAUUAUCACAGCGUGCGCAGAGUACUUUGCAGCUGCUCAUCCUACAAGAGAAACAAAUUUGCCAGGUUUUUACUGACCACACAUUCGUCAUAGAUAAGAACGUCCGGUAAACGAAACCUCCCUGACGCGUGGCAUCGAUCGCACUUCAGUAAAUUUAUUCGCCGCAACAACUCAUCAGUGCUUUUAUACUAUCCACGAGCACUGCUGGAUAUUAUUGUGCGAUUCGACGAGUUUUCAAAUGAUGCAUUCUGCCGUAGUAAUGGUCAUUAUGAUCACAGCAUGCGCAGAGUAUUUUGCAUCAGCUUAUCCAGCCAGAGAUGCAAAGUUUCCAGGUGGUGAACAGAAAAUAUCUGGGACAGUCAACUGCCUACACCAGCAGCAUCCAUGUCUACGUGAAGGCCUACUGCCUCACACGGACGACAAGUGUUACGCACCCUUAGAACGAGGCCCUUGUCCUCGGGGUCACGUGAUCAUGUUGGAUACACGCCGCGUUGCAGAAGGGCUAAAAGGGCUAUGCAUGGAGCAACGAUGUCCUUCUGGAUUUGUACCCUUGGCAGGCCGUUGCAUGUCCAAUGCACAAGUUCGUAGGUUGUUGUGUGCAAGUGGACCUCUACAUCUGGACCCUGCAGGAAAUCCGCUUUGUGGAGAAUUUCCGGGUUGGAAAAACUUACUACAAAGUUAUGUCCAAUGUUCUUUAAAGAAAAAGCGUCAAGUCAAAUGGACUGGACGGUAUAAACCUAAUAGGAGGGUAACGUGGGUCCAUAAUGCUCUUUGUGCAGUUCAAAACGAUGGCAACUGCGGGAAAGGUGUUUCAGGUGUUCAACCGAAACUUAUUUUGACCCCAGAAUAGUAGUUUCUCUCGCUAGAGAGUAUCGGAAAAUUCGGAAUAAAACGAAACAUGGCGUCAAAGAAAUACUUCCUGCCGUGUUCACGCUUGUUUAUUCAGAGGCCGGAUGUUGAAGGCAAACGCCUAAAAAUUCUCCUACAAAUAGCCUGCUAGGCACGUGAUUUGACUGACAAUACUUAUUCAUGCUCUGAUGCGUUGUUCAAAGUACUUCUACGUUUGAUGAAUUUCCUACGCAUACAUUCAAUGUUGUUCAGAAAUUGAUUUUGAUUUGCUUUUCUGUGAAAAAAUCAUUUGUGCCGCAAUAAGAACAUAAAAAUAUGAAAUGAAAGGAAAAAUCCCAUAAAGCGAAAAAUGAAUUUACUGCUUUUUGAAAUAUUAUAAUUAACCACGCGGUGUUCCCUAUAUCGAGAGGAGUUGAUUCAUUUAUGUACAAACUAGCCAAGUAUAUCAUGUUCUCAGUUAAUAAUUCAGAAGAAUGUUACUCUUUUGCUUAAACACCACUUUAUCACACGCGCAACUUUCCUUCAGUGAUGGAUUGAAGAAAUGCGGGUAGAGUGGGGGUAUUAGUUACGAAAUCGGCCACUAAAUUUUAUGAAGCAAUGUCAAUCUCUGGAGAAUCACUUCAUG